AUGUCAGAUGUCGAAUCCCGUGCAGGUGACCAGGAGGACCACCAGCGCAUGUUGAGGGAUGCGAAUAGUGCUACGCUUGAAGAUGUCGGUUCUUUUGUUGAGACAGCCAAGGACAACCGAGGCGACAAGAUCUCCUGUGCGUUCGUGGUGACGGGGCCAAACCUCGCAUCUCAAGACCUUCUCUUUGAGCAACUUGAAGAGAGUCUCCUUGCGUCUCCGGCGAACAAGUUUGUGAGGCUGAGAUCGGCAGAUGCGACGAAUAUGAAAGCUACGUUGAAGAAGAUUAUCCAGGACAUUACGUGCAAGGCAUCCGAUGAAGAGGACGGGCAGUUGAUGAUUGGGAAAUCCAAUCGAAAGUAUCUAAAUUAUGACCUAGCGGCCGUCCACGCGCUUAUCAAGGCACAAGGCGGCUGCGACCAUGUCUUCAUCGCCUUUCAGGACAGCGAGGGAUUUGAUAGUGCGCUCCUAUCCGAUCUCAUUCUCGUUUUCAGCAACUGGCCGCAAAUACCCUUCACCCUUCUAUUUGGCGUGGCCACCUCUGUAGAACUCCUCCAAGGCCGGCUCCGCAAGUCCGUUUGUGAGCACCUCCAUGGAACAGAGUUUGACGUCACACAAGGGACUAGUGUCUUGGAGGAUAUCAUUAUCAAGACGGCCGUGACUUCGCUCGAUAUUCCCCUGCUCGUUGGGGGAUCUUUGCUUGAGACCAUGAUCAACCGGCAGUACGAAAAGGUCUCCGGCGUUCAGGACUUCAUUAGUGCACUGAAGUAUGCUUAUAUGUGUCACUACUACGCCAACCCCCUGAGUGCUUUUGAAGGAGUGGAAUACUUUGAAAAGUUGGAAUGGAUUCAGCCAGAACAUUACCAAGCGCUUCGAUCCUUGCCCUCCUUUGCCAAACAUAUCGAGAAGCUCCUCGAUGCGAACAACAGUCGCUCGCGUGAACAAGUUAUAGAGUGGCUUAAAAACGACGAUUUUCUCAUCGGCGAAGCAAGAGCAGAGCAUGGCGUGGGGCACGGCAAGGCCCUAUACGCCGUAGAUCUUCAUCGAGCCGCGUCGUUUUUGGCGGCUCUAGGCUACCAUAAAGGGAGAUACGCUACGAUCAUUGUGGAGAUAUUAAAUCGAGGUAUUGAUCUUACCGAUGACCAUGAGGCGAUCGUUGCACUCCGAAAGAUGGAGCCGGAUCGUAUCAUCUCAGCUAUGAAGGACAUGCGUACUGCACUAAGCCAGAACAACUAUGGCGAUGUCCCCGCCGAUGAAGACUCUAAUCUCAGAGAUGCGCUCGCCCACGAAGCCCACGCGGAUGAGAAUGUAUGCGACGAUUUGACAAGGUGGAUUGACCGGUCUGAGAAGCUCCUUGCUGAAGCAAAAGAAGAGGGCCACACCUUACGCAGCAAAUAUAGUGGCCAAACCAAGAUUGUGAGGACAACUGUCGUGGCUCAAAAGGUGCAGCUCAGCCACGAUUCAGCAGCUCUCACCGAAGUCGACGAAAAGUUUACCAAAAUUGUCGACAACCUUGUCUCGGCCGUCAAGCUCAUGGCGAGCAUGGCGCCGCCUACACAUUCCCCGUUCCACGAGAUCUGGUACUACGACUCGAGGAUACCCCACAAAGAAGUCUUCACCCCUCGCCUCCGCGCCGUCUUCGAACGCGCCCUCGCGCGACCGCGUGAUUAUCUAGGCUGCCAAUGUUGCGGCGAUGGAAGUGACGGUGGCGAGGCCAUAUCGCCUCUGUCGCCGCCUGCGUCGAUCUUGUACCACUUCUACCAAGAGGCUGGAAGCUUGAUUAAUGUUGCCGAUUUACGGACGGCUUUCUUUGGCGUGCUUGCUACGGAUGCCGGAGACGAUGCGGAUGAGAGGGCGGCGUUGGCUUUGUUCUAUCAGGGUCUUGCCGAGUUGAAGAGUUUGGGCUUUGUAAAGCCAAGUAAGAAGAAGACGGACCAUGUUGCUAAGUUGAAGUGGUUGUGA